GUUCACCAGUUCGCCUCUCAAAAUGGCGGAUGAACCAACACGGGAGUGGAGCGAUGAGCAGCUCAAAAGUGACGAUUUGCCCAAAAAAGACAUAAUAAAGUUCAUCCAGGACAAUGCAGCCCACUCGUUCCUCAAUGAGCACAAGCUGCUGGGAAACAUUAAAAAUGUUGCCAAAACGGCAAAGAAGGAGCAGCUGAUUAUUGCAUACAAUCAGCUCUUCGAGACAAAAAGGUUUAAAGGCACAGAACCUGUGGAGGAGGUGACCGAGCAGGUUAAAGCUGUGAAAAUAGAGGAGAAACCGAAAGAAGUCAAGACAGAAGUGGUGGAUGAGGGUCCUCCGAAGUACACCAAGUCAGUGCUGAAGAAAGGCGAUAAAACCAACUUCCCGAAGAAGGGCGACACCGUGAGCUGCUGGUACACCGGCACUUUGGAGGACGGAACCGUCUUUGACACAAAUAUCCCCUCCGUGGCUCGCAAGAAGAAGCAGACGAAGCCCCUGAGCUUCAAAGUGGGCAUGGGCAGAGUCAUCAGAGGAUGGGAUGAAGCCCUUCUAACGAUGAGUAAGGGAGAAACGGCUCGAAUUGAGAUCGAGCCGGAGUGGGCCUACGGUAAAAAGGGCCUCCCAGACUCCAAAAUACCACCCAACGCAAAGCUGAUCUUUGAGGUUGAGCUGGUGGCCGUGGAUUAACUCCCCCAAUAUCGCAUGCACUACGUGGCAAGACACAUUAAAACUGCUGCACUGGGUUGAGGGUUUAGAUGGCUCUUGGUUUGUACGGCAGCUUUUUUCUUGGGGAAACGUUUUCUUCUUGUUUACUUUCUAAACAGGCUAAAUGAACAAACCGCACACCGGGCAGCACAUCUUCAGGUUUUGGAAUUAAAGUGGAAAUGCUUGUUGAUAAUGAUGUUCAUAAGAAAGGCCGUGAAAUCUUUUUUGUUCUGCCCUUUUGCAUGUACACUGUAAAUGACAAUAAACCUGUUUCAAACACCCUGU